AUGCCUACCGCAGUCCUUACCGGUUGCAACAGUGGAAUCGGGAAUCGCUGGGCCAAGAUCCUGAUCAAAGAGGGGUACAAAGUCUACGCCCUAGACAUGACCGAAGGCGAUGCUCUAAAAGCGUUGGCGGGCGAUAAAUGCAAAAUCGCACAAGUCGAUGUGACCAAGCCCGACUCGAUUGCCAAGUUCAAACAGUUGAUUGGCGAUGAGCCAGUGGACGUCCUAGUUAACAUUGCCGGUAUCAUGAUCGACCCGAAAUUGGACACCCGCGAGACCGUGAACUUGGAAGUGAUGCAAAAGUCAUUUGCGGUUAACGCCUACGGCCCUGUCCUGCUUACGCAAGCCUUGCUCCCGAACGUUCUCAAAGCGCCAGCUCCACGACGCAUUGGCGUCAUAUCCUCACGCGUGGGAUCGAUAGCCGACAACAGUUCUGGCACCAUGUAUGCGUACCGCGCAUCUAAGGGUGCCGUGAAUAAUUUCUUCAAGACAUUCGCCGUCGAGCUCAAGGAAGAUGAUGUGAUUGUUACGAUGCUGCAUCCGGGCUUUACGAACACCAAUCUCAAUCCCGAUAUUGCGAAGAUUCCAGAAGUGGUCGAGCCAGAGGUUGCCGCGGCGGGGUUGUGGAAAGUGGUGCGGGAGACUACGAUGGAGAACACUGGCAAAUUCUGGCAUCGGGAGGGACAUGAAUUGUUAUUUUGA